AUGGAUAACCCCCUUAACAUCCCACCUCUCUGCGGCCCACACGCUCGCUACAAAUCCCGCAAUCUCCAAUCUCAGGCCGCUCAUCAAGAUGCGCUCAAGGAUAUGCCUGGCGGAAAUACCCGCUCCUCCAUCUUCUCCACCCCAUUCCCACUCACCAUUGCCUCCGGAAAAGAUGGAACUGUCACUUCUCUAGAGUACAGUACUAGGCUCCUCGACCACUUCAACGCGCGCAUCGCCAACGCCGUAUCCGUCGCGAUGGCCUGCGGUUCGACCUUUGGCGGUAUCAGUGUGCAUAAGAGCGCGUUUGCGGCGGGCGUCUGCCAGCGCUUUGGGGAGGCAGGGGUGGAAAUGGUGCGGUUUGCGAAUUCGGGCACAGAGGCGAACAUGGUGGCAAUUGCGACUGCUCUGGCGUUCGUUAACGGUCGGGAUAGUGGGGAUGGGAUGAGCCAUAGGAAGAAUAAAAGCAAGAUUCUCGUCUUUAGUAAUGCUUAUCAUGGGAGAGUAGUUACUGGCGGCACGACGGGACCUGCUGCGACGAAUCUCCCGCACAAUUUUGUCGUUGCGCCGUUUAAUAACGUCGAGGAGACGAGUGCCAUCGUUUCGGCAUUAGACCCUCCGAGAGGCAAUGGGUACAGCAGGAGCAGCAAGGGCGGUCUUGCAGCGAUCAUCUUCGAACCCAUGCAAGGCGCUGGCGGCUGUGGGGCCGCCUCGAAGGAAUUUGCAUGCUGCUUGCGGCAGCUCGCUGACGAGCAUUCUUCCUUAUUCAUCGUGGAUGAGGUUAUGACGUCCCGACUUGGGCCUGCGGGAUAA